ACGGUACGGUAACUUAAAGGGACUGUGUGCUCUCCAGCUAAUCCAUCUCGACAAAAGAUCAUGAGCAAAGACUCCCAGAUGAGGGCUGCAAUAAACCAGAAGCUGAUAGAAAUGGGGGAGCGGGAGCGGUUGAAAGAAUUGCUCAGGGCAAAGCUGGUGGAGUGUGGGUGGAAGGAUCAGCUGAAAGCACACUGCAAAGAUGUGAUCAAAGAAAAGGGCCUGGAGCAUGUCACAGUGGAGGACCUAGUCGCAGAAGUCACACCCAAAGGCAGAGCACUCGUACCAGACAGUGUGAAGAAAGAGCUCCUGCAGAGAAUCAGAGCUUUUCUAGCUCAACACGCAACCUUGUGAAUGAGAAAAGAAUCCCGUUUAGACAUUUUUUUACUCACUAUCACAAUUAAAAUCCAAACUGAUGUUUGUUCUCAUUGUGUGAGCAAUGCUGGAAUAUUAUUUUUAUUUUGUAUUGUGUGUUUUCAUAUUGAUUUUAGUUUGUUAAGCAGCAGUUUUGGAAAAAAAAUAAAAAUCCUAUUUUGGUCA